AUUCACGUUCGAUCAUCCUUGUCUCAAUGUCGCCAGUAGAACAUGGCGACAAAGUGAGACACGAGCUUUUUGGGGUCUCCGUGUAAAAAAAUCCUUAGUAUUUUCGUUAUCCUAGCCUCAGCAUACGUAGAUAUCAUACCAAUUGUCAAUAAGGACAUACUCAAGCCUUGGAGACCGUUUGGUGAGAAAGAAAACGACAAAAUCAGUGAGCGAUCCUGGAUCACCACCAACGUUAUCGCCACAGUCUGCAAACCCAAGCACAGAGCAGUCCCUUUCCGACACCGACGAGUUUAAACACCUUGUCCGUCAAACCCUGACAGAGAUUCAAUCAGGACAAAAAGAGUUACGUAACUGCAUACAUAGGCUGGAACAGAAUAUCAAUGACUCCAUUGAAUUCCAGAGUAAGCGUAUUGACGGCUUGGAGUUGAAGAUAAAAGAACUUGACCGGAUAACUGCAGUGGUUGCCAAGGCUGAGAAAACCAUGGCCGACCAUGCCGAGCAGCUAAACAAGCUGGAACGCUUCUCUCGGAGAAAUAAUCUUCCGGUUAUCGGCUUCCCACAGCAGAAAGUUGAAGACUGCCUGGCUCUCGCUCACAAUCUCUUCAAGGAGAAAUUCAAGAUGCCAGAUGCAAAGCUGGAACGAGCUCACCGUGAUCGCCCAAAGAUGGACGGCAGACCACAGCACCUUCUUAUCAAGCUGAACUGCUAUCAGGACAAAAUCAAGAUCCUCCAGCAACAGCGACAAGUCCGGACAAGUCGAAGACCUGACCAGAGCCGACCUGCAAGAGAAGAGAAAAUGGUCAACACAAGCCUCCGCAGCGGACAAGGAGGGAAUGAAGUACAGGUUCGUAGCCGGUAAGUGGAGAGGUGCAGGCGGCGCACUAGCUGACUUCUACCGUUAAGCAUCACAUCAAUCUGCAUGCUUCCACUGUAUAUCUAUGUGCUGUAUAUGUUAUGUUUGCUGCAAAUCAUCGCAUUAACCAUCCAUUAUGAUUUUUACAUCGAACUUUUUAUCUAUUACAUUCAUUCGCUUGAAAUUGAUUGCUUCAAUUUAUUUGUUUUGCAUCUUAAUCUCCUUGUGAUUGGUUAAAUUAUUGUUACUGGUUUGUUCAUGCUUGGGUUCCUUCUCCACUUACAUACUGUUUACUUUACAUACUGUUUACUUAAGUUAAGUUUUUGUUUUGUAUAUCGUAUUGUAUUGUUUAUCUUUCGUCCAAAUGACCCUAGCUGACUUUGUUGACAAUAUUUCUUUUUCUGAUGAUGAUGUUUUUAAUGAUGAACAAUGUGCCUAUUUUGAGUUUACUGAAUUUACUCUAUUUGUUAGUCCCCCAUUGACUUGCAUUUUUUUCCGUUUCUCCUUUUGCCUUUACAUACUGUUUACUUUACAUACUGUUUACUUAAGUUAAGUUUUUGUUUUGUAUAUCGUAUUGUAUUGUUUAUCUUUCGUCCAAAUGACCCUAGCUAACUUUGUUGACAAUAUUUCUUUUUCUGAUGAUGAUGUUUUUAAUGAUGAACAAUGUGCCUAUUUUGAGUCUACUGAAUUUAAUGAUUUAAAUAUCUCUACACCAGGUAUCUUCUCUAUCUUUUACGUGAAUUCCAGGAGUCUCUUCGACAUAACAGAUUACUUGGCUAGUCUUAACCACUCUUUCUCCAUCUACGGGUUCACUGAAGCUUGGUUUCAAACAAUCCCUCCGCCCUAUGUUCACAUGGAUAAUUUCCGUCUAGUUCAUUCCUCACGUUCCGAUAAACCUGGCAGAGGGGUAGCCAUGUUUGUCAAGAACUCGCUGAAUUUUCGGAUCCGUGAAGACCUCAUGCCUUCUCAUAAUGGCUUUGAGACAGUUUUUAUCGAAAUUCAGCAUGACAAAGCUAGCAAUCGUGUUGUGGGAAAUGUCUACAGGGAUCCUGGUACUUCAUUUGACCACUUUAACGAGGCUUUUGGUACCUGCCUAGAUAAGAUAACAAAGGAGGGAAAGCUGUGUUACAUAAUGGGUGAUUUCAGCCUUAAUAUACUUCAUUGUGCAGAUCACCAACCCGCGGACGACUUUGUGAAUGCUGUCUUGGCCUGUGGUUUCCAUCCUUUAAUCACAAAACCCACUCGCAUCACUCCCCAUUCUUCCACACUAAUAGACAACAUACUAACCAAUUCUGAUCUAAACACUACAGCUGGGAUUCUGUACUCUGACAUCUCUGAUCACUAUCCACUCUUCCGAUUCACUACUUCUUGUCUCCAGAGCUCUGAAUCCUCUCCUUAAACAUAUCUUUCAAGGGAUAUUAACACGGAAUCCCUCAGUUCAUUUAAGCAAGACCUCGGCAGCAUUGAGUGGAGUGACGUGUAUCUAGCUCAGGACUCUGAUACUGCAUAUAACACUUUCCUUUCCAUUUUCUCCUCCUGCUAUAAUCACCAUUUUCCCCUCACUCUUAAACAAGCUAUUUACCAGUCUUUCUUUUAUUUAUGGAUGUAUUCUCUAAAGGAGUGUGGAAUAAAUGUCUUCUUGAAUUGAAUGUCACCCAUUAAUUUAAUUCUCAGAUACACCAUCGUUGGCUUUUACAGACCUUGAUGCAAAUUUU